AUGUUGGCUGCCUUUCUAACCUUCUUCGGAAGUCAUGUUUAUGAAACAGGCACAUUUCCACGCAAAAGUAAUAAUUCACUAGCAGCUGAUAAUCGAGACCCUGUGAGAUUUCGGGGGCCCUGGUAUGCAUUGGGUCUAUCCAUUCACUGGCCCUCAAAUCUAAGCGGAAGUACGGAGCGCUUCCAGUUACAGCCGAAGAGUAUGUUCAGCCGCCUGUGGACCGGUUCACGGUACAUUUUCGGCGCAAUUAUCUGCUUCAUAGCUGUGCAGCCACAUGGAUACCUCUCUAGCAGUGGGAUCCACUCUUUGGGCCGCCACGUCUGGAUCUCAGACUCGCGUCAGGCUCAUACCAAAAGACGAUACCUGGCGACAAAAUCUUCCCAAGUUCUCGGCAACAAUUUGCUCGCCCCCUAUACAGCUCCAUCAGCUGAUGCGCUUCUGGAACCCAACACCCAACUGGACAUGGUAUGUGUCCGUACAUAA